AUGACCCCGCCAUUUCCUGGGUGCAGCGGAUGUUGUGCUUCUCAUCGUCUUUCUGCCACGACGUCUGUGCCCAACCCCGUGUUGCCGCCGGCACCUGGGAAGCCUCAACAGCCGGCCCUCAGUUCUUCCACUUUGCAGGGGGCUGCCCCAGACAGGGCAGGGUUACCGGAUGUCGGCCUAAUCCUGAAGCCCUACCAGGAUUUGGUGGACGUGUCUGAGAAAAAGGGGGCUGAGGCUUUGCCACCCCAUCGGACUUACGAUUGUCCUAUUGACUUGCAGCCAGGAGCAGAGAGUCCUUUCGGCCGCAUUUAUGCCUUGUCAGCCCCUGAACUUGGGGCCCUCCGAGAGUACUUAGAUGACAACCUUGCCAGGGGGUUCAGUCGCCCCUCUACUUCCCUGCUGGCCCCCUCCCCACCUGCAUGUUUUCCGGCUGCCUGCGCAUCCCUAGAAUGCUUCCUAGAAUGCGCAUCCCUAGAAUGCUUCCCUGGACGCAGCAGCACCGGAGCACGGAGAGGAGGUGGCGGCGGCUGUCGGUUGCGCUCCUAG